AUGUGUGACCCGCCUGGCCACACAGAUGAGGACACCGAGGCUCAGGAGCGUUUCGCUUGCCCCGGGCCCCUGGGCUUCCGAUGCCCGUGUUGCUGGAGGCGGAAUGCCGGAGGGGCUGGGCUCCCGCCUCCCUGUUCUUCGUCUCCCGCUGGACACGUGGGCCCCUGGUCCCGACCCCGGAGCUCGGAGCAGGGAGGCAGCCGCCGACGUUCUUGCAGCGCUGGCCGCCAGGGCGAGGGAUCUGCGCUACCUCCUUCCCUCUCGGCACAGGGCAGGUACACGUGUACGUUCACCUAUGCUUCCCAAGGAGGAACCAAUGAGCAGUGGCAGAUGAGUCUGGGGACCAGUGAGGACCACCAGCAUUUCACCUGCACUGUCUGGAGGCCCCAGGGGAAGUCCUACCUGUACUUCACACAGUUCAAGGCGGAGGUGCAGGGCGCCGAGAUUGAGUACGCCAUGGCCUACUCCAAAGCUGCAUUUGAAAGGGAAAGUGACGUCCCCCUGAAGAGCGAGGAGUUUGAAGUGACCAAAACAGCAGUGGCCCACAGGCCCGGGGCGUUCAAGGCCGAGCUGUCCAAGCUGGUGAUCGUGGCCAAGGCGUCCCGCAGUGAGCUGUGACCGCAGCCCCGUGGCUGUGGCACCUUCUCUUCUGACGGGGCCCCGGCUGGUUUGAUGAGGGACUCUCGGUCACCGACUGGGGCUGACGUGGCCCUGUCCGGGGAUUUGUGGGGCCGCUAGGCCCUGGGCAGGGUCUGGGGGCCAGGGGAUCUGCCGGGCCUCCCAGCUCCCCGCCCUUCCCUGCCAUGCUGCCCAGGCCAGGGCGGGAAGAUGUGCGUUUCCACCACCAGUGUGCACCUCCAGGGACCUGGCCAGGCCCUGGGAGCCCGGAGUGCCUACUGACCUCUUCCAGCCCUCCAGUCCCCAGACUGUUUUCUCACGGGUCCCGGGGGGGCGCCUUUCAGAUGAACAGGGGAGAGGAAAUGUUUUUCAUAUUUAAAUAAAGAAGACAAAAAGCAA